AUGCCGCUGCCCGCAAAGGUACCCUACUACUACUACGUAGCACUACCAGGACUUCCUUACAAGGUACAGUAUCCUCAAGCAUCAGCCCUGUACCCCGGCUGCCAAUCGUUGAUCCCCUCCCGACUUGGAAUAAGCGUGUUACCCGACGAUUCUGCACCACGGUCCACUGCCACUACCACUACCACUACCACCACCACCACCACCAUCACGGCGACGGCGACGACCACCACCACCACCACCACCACCACCACCACCACCACCACGUCGACUACGGACGGGUCCUCCCAACGCCCGGAUAUCACGCUAUACAGCCAUACAAGCUAUAAAGCGGCGCCACUGGAAGCCGCAUCGAUUUCGACGAGACGCGUGAAUGCCCGGGAACCAUCGCUCACGGAACCGUCCCUCUCCCAGUGGAGGGCGCAGGAUCUUUUUAGAGAUACCCAAGGCAGCGCUCUCACCAUGGAGACCACAUUCAUGACCAUCCACAACCUGUCGCCCGAGGCGAUUAUCAUGUUCGCCUCCGAGUCGAUCGUUGACAUCUUGGGCUUCGCCCCCGAAGAGGUGAUUGGCAGAUCGUGGUUCGACUACUUCCACCCCGAUGACCUCUUCACCGCCCGACAUUUUCACCAUGAGAAGAUCAAGAUGGACCGCGCCUCCGUCCUCCACUAUCCGCGCAUCGGGAACCGAGAUGGGUACUGGGUCUCGUGUGAAUGCGUCUUCACCGUCGUCUACGACGUCCUGGUCUCGUGUACGAGUAUCUACCGGGGACCCGACGACGCCAGGAACACGCGUCGAGCCGAAAUUGCGCCCCAGAUCGAACGGAUUUUCGCCUCGUCUCCCCGAGAUCCCCGGUAUCACAUGCUGGAACACCUGUCGUCCAAGUUCCGGGCUCCGCCCCAGCCGUCUUUCUUCGAACCCCGCGCAGCGCUGAUCUUGAACCGUUUCACGCGGACCCUCACGGUCAUGUACGCGACCAAUGCGGUGAGCAGCAUCCUCGGGGUGACGCCGGAGCAGUUCAAGGACAAGAGCUUCUACGAGUGCAUGCAAGAGAACUGUCUCCCGGCCGCCAUUCGCGCCUUGGAGAGUGCGAAGGCCAACGAUUCCAUCGCCUAUCUCCGCUUCUGGCGCCGCGAUCCGCGUCGGGCGGAAGAUUUGGACGACGACAUGCGGGACGCGAGCCAGAGUAGCGAUUCGGAGGAUGGGGGCGUGGUUCUGAAUGGCUAUCACGCCGACGGCGACCCGAAGCAUCCCCCGCCCGACGGGGAGGCGUCGACCGCGGUGGCGCCUGGCCCCCCCGGCAAGGGGGAGCGGACCGACCCGGAGGAGACGGCGGCGGCCCGUCGGGUCUUGGUCCCGAGCCCCGAGUCGCGCUCCUCCACCUCCUCGUCGCUGGUGCUGCUGCCGCAGCCGGAACGCGUGCGGCGGAGAGCACCACGUGCCCCGAGGGUGCCCUCUCCGGCCCCGGAGCCGUACCAGGUCGAAGCGGUGGUGUCGUGCACCUCGGACGGCUUGGUGGUGGUCCUACGCCGGGCGCGACCCCUCGCACGAUCCAUGCAGCAGCCGGCGCAGGCUCCACGGUACGAGAAUGGCUUGUUCGCCGCCCCGUGGGGAGCCAACCCGAUCCGGCCUCACCUCUAUCAACCCGACCCCCGAUAUCCCUUCCAGCACGGGCUGCACGCGCCUCUGCUGCCCGCGGGCGGCCCCCCGGUCGACGAAUUCAUGAACUCGAUUCGGGAGGUGGCUGUGUUCGCGUGGUCCUUGACGGGGAUCAACGGGAAUAUGGCCGCCUACGGGCAUGGCAUCCCCCGCGGGGAGGCCCAGCCGCCCGGCGGUCUUCCCAUCUGGGACCCGUACCACGCACAGCCCAGUGCCGGCUUCCUGCCCCCGGAGAACCAAGCAGCCCAGAGAUGGGCGCGAGCCGCCGAAGCGAGGGCCAACGAGCGUGGGAACGCCCACCACGGUCCGGCCCCGCACCACCGGCCGGAGGAAUCUUCUCGUCGUCGUGGUCCCCCGGUGGAUGCGACGAGGCAGGCCCAGCUGGCAGCCCCGAGUCAUGCGCCCUCCUCCGCUUAUCCCUACGAUCCUGAGCCCGGCCCCCAACCACGUUGGUUGCCCGCUGCGGACCCUCUCCCCGCGGCCGAGGCGCACCCCCCCCCGACCCGGCCGAGAAGUCCGCGCGGCCAAAAUGUUGGCCAUGAGUUAAUCUAUACCGAGGUCCUUGAUGAGAUCCUCAUCGCUCGGCAUACGCUAUUCGAUAUCAUUUGCGGGGGACUCAAGCAUCCCAGCAUAUUUGCACGAAUCCUGAUGGAACUCGAGAGUCGAGUUGAAUGA